GUGUCCUCAGUCCAGUUGUCUUGCCCCUAACCUCUCCUUGGAUAGAUAAAAAAAUGACCAGCACAGUCCUAACACCAGGUACCAUCCUUACACGUCAUCCUGCCUGUUCACCUUUGAGCUCAGUCUGCUGUUGGCAGGUUUGUCAUAUCACCUGUGGACACGGGGGCCUGGUGAGAGAGGGUGGGCAUCACCCAUCAUUGAUAAAACGUAGAUGUGAUUAGAAGUGCAAAGUUCAUAGUCUAAAGAAACAGACGGCAGUAGUGUAGGCAUACACGGUUUGCAUAGAACAACUGAGAAGGUGGGGGACACUGAGCACACGAAGGGGAAGUUGAGCAGGGCACUGAAGGCAUUCAGCAGAGGACACAGGAAGCAGACACACCUAUCCACUGGUUUAUUAUUAUUAUUUAUUAAGGACAAAAAAAUGGACAUUCUGGAAACGGAUGCGUACGAUCGAAGACAGCGCAGGGCCACGUCUGUCUUUCUAUUCCUUUCCCUCCUACCCUUCUUCCUCUCCACUUCUGCAUACUUUUACCUGUGGAUUCCUGAAUCCAACCCCUCUGCCUUUGCUGCAGCAGUGAAGUCCAUUCCUGUGAUCUCAUUGGCUGCCCUGGUGCUGUGUUACCAAGGAGGGAGGAGCUUGUGGGGUGUAGCUGGAGGCCUACUCUUCUCAGCAGGGGGAGACAUUUGCCUUAUAUGGCAUGAAAUGUUUCUCUAUGGUUUGACUUUAUUUGCUGUGGCCCACCUCCUGUACGCAGCUGCAUUCCUCUCCCACCGUUACUCCCCUGCGCCCUGCUCCUGCACCUCAGUCUUUCUGUCCAUCCCACUGUGGCUGCUGGGGGCAGGAGUGUACUUUUACAUGUAUCCUUAUCUACAGAAGCAAGAGGACGCCGACAUCAUCACUCUGGCCGUUGCGGGUUACACCCUUUUAAUAGUAACCAUGGCAACUCUGGCUGUACGCACCCAUCGCCCUUCAACCUUCUUGGGCAGUCUGAUAUUCAUAGUCUCUGACCUGAGUCUCGCCCUGCAAGUCUUUAAAGUCAUUGAUCAAGCACCUGCUGGCAGAGCUGUCGUCAUGACGACUUACUAUCUGGCACAACUGCUGAUUGCCGUGGGAGACGUGUCGGCGAAUGGCGACCAGGGCGGCGGGCUUGGAAAGAGGAAGAGGAUGUAGGAUCUGUUAGGAGUAUGGCGGGCCAGGAACGGCUGCAGAAUCCCAAACGGAGAAUCCUGCACAGCCACGUGCCCCGGACAUCUCUAACGUUCCUGCACCUUCCCCAGCAUGCAAAAAAAAUUCUUUUUAAAUGAAUCCAUUACCAGAACCAUUGUGAACAAACUUUAUUGAAAUAUCAGUGUAUAUAUGAAAACAGAGAUUCCAUGUUAUCCCUGUUGUCAGUAAGUCGUGUGUAACUCAUCAGAGGCUUAAAUGAAAAGCGGAUAGUCACUUGAGCAAAAUUGCAUGAGUAUCUGUUUGUCUGCCUAAUAAAGUGGCAAAGAGGACUUCA